AUGAGUUCGUGCAGCAGCCGUGCGUUGACCAUCCUGUCCACAGUGUUCGGAGCCUGCGGGCUGCUGCUGGUGGGGGUGGCCGUGUCCACCGACUACUGGCUGAUCAUGGUGGAGGGCAUCAUCCUGCAGCAGAACCAGAGCAUGGAGGUGAAGAUGGCCCUGCACUCAGGCCUCUGGAGGGUUUGCUUCGUGGCCGGGGCAGAAAAUGGGAGAUGUGUAGCGUCAGAGUAUUUCACUGAACCCGAUAUAGAGAUAACCACCGAAAACACAGCGAACAUCCUCAAGAUGGUGCGUACGGCCACGCCCUUUCCGAUGGUGUCGCUGCUCUUCGUCUUCACCGCCUUCGUCAUCAGUAACAUCGGACACAUCCGGCCUCAACGCACCAUCCUGGCCUUUGUGUCCGGCAUCUUCUUCAUCCUCUCAGGCCUGAGUCUGGUGGUGGGCCUGGUGCUCUACAUCUCCAGCAUUAACGACGAGGUGAUGAACCGGCCCAGAGAGCCCGAGCAGUUCUUCAACUACUACUACGGCUGGUCCUUCGCCUUCGCUGCCUCCUCCUUCCUGCUCAAAGAGGGGGCCGGGGUGCUGUCAGUCUACCUGUUCAUGAAGCGUUACGCCGAGGAGGAGAUGUACCGCCCCCACCCGGCGCUCUACCAUCCCCGCCUGUCCGACAGCAGUGACUACAGCGGCCAGUUCCUCCACCCAGAAUCCUCCUGGCCUCCCCCGAAGCGCGGCCGCAGCACCUCCGAGGCCUCCAGUGACAUCUCCAUCCAGCUCAACCAGGCGCCACCGGUUCCGACCAAGAACAAGCUUCAACCAAGCGCCAUGGGAAGCCCACCCUCUGGCUCCUCCUCUGCAGGGAGCUACCCUCAGUCUGCCGGUUACCCCUCCACACACACGCUGCCCAGGUCACACUCCUCACAUCCCCAGGGUCAGGCCCUUCCCAUGCCCCCAUCACAUGUGCCUCCUCCUCACUAUCACGCACACAUGCAGAUGAGCGCCUCCCCCUGUUAG